GUCCCGGUGUAGAGACGGACUCUCGCGAUAGUUGCUGUAGCUGAAACAUCCAAGGAGCGAAGCAGCGAGCGUGACAUGUCAACAAAACAGAUACAUUAUCACCACACAGGCAUGUAAGGGUGUGCCGGUGUGGACUAGCACCUGACUGGUAACUUCACCUGGACCCACGCCCUCCUCCACCAUCCUCACCUGCUGUGUCCAUGACAACCCCUCCACUAGUGUCGCCUUUUGGCGGGCAGCCUCCACCACCACUGCAGCAGCAGCAACAGCAACAACAACAACAACAACAACAACAACAACAGCAGCAGGCCCAGGCAGCACGUGAUGUCAACACAGCCUCUCUGUGUCGCAUCGGCCAGGAGACGGUCCAAGACAUUGUCCUCAGGACAAUGGAGAUCUUCCAGCUCCUCAGGAACAUGCAGCUGCCGAAUGGAGUCACUUACAACCCCAACACCCACGGGGACAGGCUGGGAAAACUACAGGAGCACCUGCGGAUGCUUUCUGUGCUGUUCCGCAAGCUGCGCCUCGUCUACGACAAAUGCAAUGAGAACUGCGCCGGGAUGGACCCCAUACCCCCAGAGCAACUGAUCCCCUUCGUGGAGGAUGACGGCUCUAAACAUGAGGAUCGCUCGGCUGGCCAGUGCCGCCCGGCCACCGAGGAGAGGAGGGAAAUCCUGGAGGUCAACAAGAAGCUGAAGCAGAAGAACCAGCAGUUGAAGCAGAUCAUGGACCAACUCCGCAACCUCAUCUGGGAAAUCAACUCCAUGCUGGCCGUCAGGAGCUGAGACACACACACACACACACACACACCCUCACACACAUUUACUAUAAACAAUGGGCAGGAUGAUUCGGUCAUUAACUGGCCGUGUGACAGGGUACCGCAGGCUGGCUGAGGCUGCACUUUAAAGAAGAAAUUGGGACAUUGGCAAUAUCAACCCGUUUCCAGAAGACAUGAAACAAUAGAUGAAAAACCAGAGGAGAACGAUGAAGACGAACUUAAACUGUGGGGAGGGAGACAGCGGGAGGGUGCAGGUGACAUCAGUGGGGGUUCCGUCAACCUCGAUAUUCUGCAUUUCAAUCAACUUUAAGAUUGAAUUAAUCUGAGGAGUUGAUAUAUUAUGUUUAAUCUAUUAGCAGGCACCAGGAACACAUAUUAUAUUUAAUCCUGAAAUUCUGCCAAUUUCUUAGUAUUGGAAUUGUUUGAAGCCCUAAAUAAAAUAAAACGCUUUUAUACGACCCCUAAACACUUCAAUGAGUUUCAAAAUCUUAUUCUUGCUAUAUUUGUCUGCUUUUUAAAAAUUUGAUGUAAUAUGUAAACUCUAUAUAUGAUGCCUUGUUAAGGAUUCUGCUGAAUUAUAAAUGUUGCUGUGAUUUUUGAACGCU